AUGGCAGUAGUUAACACCUACUUCCAAAAGAGAUUGACCCGACGAGAAACUUAUACUAGCGGGGGACAAAGUACACAGGUGGACUACAUCAUGUGCAAGAGAAGGGAACUGAUGACAAUACAGGAUUGCUAUGUCCUGCCAAAAGAAGCGGUGGCUAAACAGCACAAGCUGGUAGUCUGCAAGGAGGUGGAGAGGAAAUUGGAUAUGGAAGAGCGGAAAGAGUGGAGCACAUUGAGUGGGGUAGUACGGGAAACGGCUGUCGAGGUACUAGGGCGUACUUCAGGCAGGAAAGGGAAGAAAGAAGAGACGUGGUGGUGGAACACCGAGGUGCAGGAUGCGAUCAGGGACAAACGAGAAAAGAAGGAGAGAGAUCUAAAUAGAUGUGAGGAAACUAUUGUAGCCUUUAAAGAGGCAAAUAAGAAAGCGAAAAGAGAAGUGGCAAAAGCCAAAAGCAAAGCCUACGUGGAGUUGUAUAGUAGCCUAGACGGGCAAGAUGGGCAAAGGAAAGCUAUCAGGAUAGCCAAGCAGAAACAUAAGGAGGCGCAAGAUGUAUACUAA